AUGGUAACUUCAGGUACUUUACCAGUCACUGCUACAGGAACAUCAACAAUUUGUGCUACUGUGACAACUACUGUUACUGUACUAGUGAAUAAUGGAGGGAAUAUUGCUGUAUGGAUAGUUGGUGUGAUAGUACUAGCAUCACUAUUGGCUGUAUCUAUAAUAGUUAUAUUAAUACUGGUUAUGUUCAUGAAAAGAACUAAUAUUAAUCAAAAGAGAAAAUCAGAUAAUGACAUUGUAAUGGAGUGCAGUCCAGCUUAUGCUACAACUGAAUUUAAAACAAAUACUGCUGAUGAUGUAUCAGUGAAGGAUGGUCCAACAUAUGAUACAGUACAACAAAGUGAACAAACACAAUCAACUGUUGAGCCAGUGUAUGAUACAACUAAUGAUGAAUAUGGGACUUCUCUUCCACCACCUGCUGAAUAUGAAAUACCAACUGUGACUGAUUUAUAACUUAAUCAACUCCUUGCUAGUGUACAAGUUAUUUGUACACUCUUGGCUAGGUCGGUGUACUAUUUUAGUUACAUUAUUUUCUCAAUAUGUGUGAAUGCCUGUAUUAUUAAUUCAUAGUUCUUAUCAGUUUUUGCCAUGUA